AUGUUAUCACGCCUCCGUCUGUUAGCUCACCAACUCAACAAAGCCAAGAUGACCACUGCAUCAACCACCGUGCACAACACGAACAAGGCUUGCUGCUCGAUCCCCCCGGUGAUCGACCACGACUACACGCCCAAAGGGAAGUUCACCUCGCACGGAGACUUUCAGAAAGUCUACGUGACCGGUCCUGAUGAGAGUGAUAACGCCAUUGUCUGCGUCUUUGAUAUCUUCGGAUUCUUCCCGCAGACCCAGCAGGGCGCGGAUAUCAUCGCAACGGCACUGAAGACCAAGGUCUACAUGCCCGAUUUCUUCGAGCCCGAUAGCGCGUUUCCGAUCGACGGGUUCCCACCAAAGUCUGACGCAGACAAGCAAGCCCUGCAAGACUUCUUUGGUGGCCCCGCCAACCCUCAGAGAACAAAGGAGAAACUUGAAGCUUUCGGUAAGUUGCUCAAGAACGACGGUGCUAAACGACUUGGCGUGUAUGGCUUCUGCUGGGGUGGAAAGGUUGUCGUCAUUAGCUCUGGCGAAGGCACACCGUUUGAUGCCUCGUCUAUCGUCCAUCCAGCAAUGUUGUCUGCCGACGACGCUUCCAAAUUAACGGUCCCCUUGGCCAUCUAUAUCUCUCAAGACGAGCCCGUUGAUGAGUACACCAAAAUCGUAGACAUUCUAAGCAAAAAGCCGUUCUCAGCUCAAUGCGACUCCAAAAACUACGAUUAUAUGUUUCACGGGUGGGCCGCAGCACGCGGUAACUUGAAGAACGAAGAUAAUCGCAAAGCAUACGAAGAAGUAUAUGGCAAACUCGUCAAUUACUUCCAGAACACGCUGGGAGCCAAGUCCAUGCUCUAG